AGCAUUAUCGAAAGUAAGGCAUAUUAUUUAAAGGUGCACAAGCCACUGGCGCUCCAUGCACCCGAAACACCAUGUCCAUGGCCAUGGCCUUAUCUUCUCACACUCUUUCAACCCUCACUCUCACCACAACUCAAUCCUCUACGCUUUCAACUCCUAAGCUCCUCUCCUUUCCUCCUCAUCCUCCUCCUCCUCUCACUACCUUUCACUUCCCACCCAAACCCAUCUCCCACAAACUCUCAAGCACUGAGAAAUGGAGAGCCAAAGUUUCCUUCUUUCCCGCUUUCUUGAACAAAGGCAAAGAUGCAAAGACUCUCAAGGACGAGCUUCUUCAGGCCAUUGCGCCGCUUGAUCGCGGAGCCGACGCCACUGCCGAAGACCAGCAAACUGUUGAUCAGAUAGCAAGGAAGCUUGAGGCUGCUAACCCAAUAAAGGAACCACUCAAAUCUAAUUUACUCAAUGGCAAAUGGGAGCUUAUAUACACUACUUCAACCUCGAUUUUGCAAACCCAGAGACCCAAAUUUCUGAGAUCGAGUGGAAACUACCAAGGGAUCAAUUUGGAUACACUUAGGGCCCAGAACAUGGAAUCUUGGCCAUUCUUCAACCAGGUAACGGCGGAUUUAACACCUCUUAAUGCAAGAAAAGUGGUCGUGAAAUUUGAUUAUUUCAAAAUUGCAGGUUUGAUACCUAUUAAGGCUCCUGAAAGAGCUCGUGGUGAAUUGGAAAUUACUUAUUUGGAUGAAGAAUUGCGAGUAUCCAGAGGAGACAAAGGAAACUUGUUCAUCCUAAAAAUGGUUGAUCCCUCCUACCGAGUUCCCGUUUAAUGUGCAGAUCACAUUGCAGCAUCUGUAAUGGUUUGGCCACCUCGCCGUCCCAAAUUGAGAGAGUGGACAAAUUAUGCAGAGUGUUGCUUAAACACAGUUUUGGUCAUAUUUUGCCUUAUAUAAACUAGCCUAUAACCUGCGCAAUGUGCGGGUGGUUUUCAUUGUAUUAUUAAUAUAUUAGCAUCUAACGUGCUAUUAUGUAUACAAUACCACACAAAAGCACAUAUGUGUACAAAAUAAUAGAUGAUUUACAAAUUAUAUAAGAAAAAU